AUGGAGGCAGCCACAGCUCAGGAGGCAGCCUUGGGACCCACACUGAAGGUGAAAGAAGCCAGCUCACCAGAUGCUGACGGACCUCAGACUUCACCCCAGCGGGGGGCCGGCAGCCCCCUUCCCCAGCUCCUGCCCCCCAUAGAAGAGCACCCCAAGAUCUGGCGCUCUCGGGCCCUGAGACAGACCUACAUCAGGAAGGUUGGAGAUACAGUGAACCUUCUAAUCCCAUUCCAGGGCAAACCCAAACCUCAAGCCAUCUGGACGCAUGAUGGCUGUGCCUUGGACACCAGUCGUGUGAGUGUGCGGAAUGGGGAGCGGGACUCUAUCCUCUUCAUCAGAGAGGCCCAGCGUGCUGACUCAGGUCGCUACCAGCUCACUGUGCAGCUGGGCGGGCUGGAGGCCACCGCCACCAUUGACAUCCUGGUGAUUGAGAGGCCGGGCCCUCCUCAGAGCAUCAGGUUGGUGGAUGUCUGGGGCUCCAGCGCUACCCUGGAGUGGACUCCUCCCCAAGACAUGGGCAAUGCGGCCCUCCUGGGAUACACGGUGCAGAAGGCUGACACCAAAUCUGGGCUGUGGUUCACUGUGCUGGAGCGCUGUCGCCGUGCCAGCUGCACGGUCCCCAACCUCAUCGUCGGCAACUCCUACGCAUUUCGAGUCUUUGCUGAGAACCAGUGCGGGCUCAGCGAGAACGCCCCCGUCACUGCCGACCUAGCCCACAUCCAGAAAGCAGCUACUGUUUACAAGACCAAGAGCUUUGCCCAGCGAGAUUUCUCUGAAGCCCCGAAGUUUACCCAGCCCCUGGCGGACUGCACUGCGGUCAUUGGCUACGACACCCAGCUCUUCUGCUGUGUCCGUGCCUCCCCCAAGCCAAAGAUCAUCUGGCUGAAGAACAAGAUGGAUAUCCAGGGCAACCCCAAGUACAGAGCCCUUACUCACCUGGGAAUCUGCUCCCUGGAAAUCCGCAAGCCUGGCCCCUUUGAUGGAGGCAUCUACACCUGCAAGGCGGUUAACCCCCUGGGGGAGGCGUCCGUGGACUGUCGGGUGGAUGUGAAAGUCAGUGGCAGCAACGAAGCAGGACUUCCGGCCGACUGCCCCUCCGCCGCCCCGCCUCAGGAGGGCGUGGGGAUGCUGGCCUCCACCAAUCAUUGA